UUCGGAAAAGUAACGAUGAAUAAUUUUACAUUUUCUUUAUUAUUCUGUUGUAUUAGAUCUCCUGGUACUGAUGACCGAUCUUGUUCAAAUGUAAAACCUGGAGAAACAGUGGAAUUUUCAGUAACUGCUACUGUUACCUCAUGUGAAAAACAUGGAAAUUCGACCAGUUUCCUGAUAAACGCAGCUGGAUUUGGAAGUAUUCAGGUGGAUCUCGAAGUUAUUUGCAGAUGCGAUUGUGAGGACAUUAAGGUCAUUCUUCAAUGUGACGCGCUAGAGGCUUGUCAAGGCUCAUUUCAGAGGAAAUCAGACCAUACGAAAGAGCUCAAAAUCAAGAGAAGCAGUCCUCCCAAAUGUAGGAGAUGCCGAAAUCACGGAAUAUUCGUAAAUGUUAAAGGGAAUAAACAAAACUGUGUUUAUAAACAUUGCAAGUGCAAUUUAUGUAUGAAUACUGAAAAAGAAAGACGUCAGACGGCUGCAAGAAUAGCAAUAUAUAGAAAAGGCAAACGUUUGUUCGAAUCAGAUGAUGAAAUGCAGGAGCCACGUGGAGAAAAAGGAAAAAUCAUAAAGCAAAGGGCAAAACCAAUUUCUAAAGUCAUAAAAAGUGAGAGCAAUAAACGUAAACAGACUUGUUCUGCAUGA